AUGCGUAAAUCGGACCAUAAGUCGUUUAUUAUCAAGGGACAGACGGUUGUACCCAAAAGCCACGUCAAGAUCCUGGGUGUCUUGAUGGACACGAGACUGAAAUACAAGGAAUAUAUAGCGAGGGCCGCGUCUAAGGGCCUAGAGGCAGCGAUAGAGCUUCGGCGACUUCGCGGCCUUUCCCCAGCAACGGCGCGGCAGUUAUAUACAUCAACGGUGGCGCUAGUUGUGGACUACGCCUCUAAUGUCUAG